AUGGGUCAGCCCCGAGUCGAACUUGUCGAACAAGGAUUAUGGAUAUGCGAAAUGCGAAGAUCGACUGUGUUCCAACCGACUUCUUUUGUGAUUCGAAAAAAACCGGAGAAGGUUUGCAUCAUGCCGCUGUUCUUUGAAGUAGAGGCUUGGAAAGAAUCGGUGGAGCUGAGAACGAAGGAGGCUGUAGCAAUUGAAGUCGUCAAGCAAGAAGCGGCCAACUGGGCGAUCAUUUUGCCGUCUAAUGUGUGCACCCGGAAGUAUCGCGAAAGAAACGGAGGAUUGUGUUCAAUGAGAGGAUCGCCUACAACGGACAGCAAAGAU